AUUGGCGUUAUUUAUGUAGCACGUCACGUGCAGCCAUUUUGUUUGCUGGAAGAACGCAGAGUCUGGCGGCUGGAAGACCUCACAGGAGAUCGCAGAUUUCUUCGCUUUGCUGUCCGAAAAUUCACGAUUGGUGAAUGGAAGAGUUGCACAAAGGUUUUCUGUAACUCGCCCUUCAUUUUUAGCAGGAAAUUCCACGCCACUUGGCUGAAAACGUCCGGAGAGCUGUGACGGGCGGGAGAGUCCAACGCCGCAUGACGCUGGUGGCAGACUUCAAAGGAAUACCUCAGAAUUUGCUUGGGAGCCGAAUGGAACCAGCAUUCUCAACGGCGAGGAGCUCGAAGAUGCUUGAUAUUUGAAGCCAGCAACCAUCUUGGAGGUGUACAGGACGACUGAGGAAGGAAAUAUGGCUCAAUAUAGUGGAUUGAGCCGGGCACAACUUACCUUUGACUAUCUGCAUACGAACUCAACCACCCACGAAUUUUUGUUUGGAGCCCUUGCAGAGCUGGUGGACAAUGCAAGGGAUGCUGCUGCAACGAAAAUCCAUGUGUACACAGUGCCCAAGAAGGAGGUCCGUGGUGGAUACCUGUUAUGUUUCCUGGAUGAUGGGGAGGGCAUGGAUCCAGGUGAGGCUGCCAGUGUCAUCCAGUUCGGGAAGUCCUCGAAGAGAGCCGUAGACUCCCAGAUGAUUGGCCAAUAUGGAAAUGGCCUGAAGUCAGGAUCCAUGAGAAUAGGAAAGGACUUCAUUCUGUUCACCAAGAAGAGGAACACAAAGAGCAUUGUGUUUUUGUCGAGAACAUUCCACCAAGAGGAGAAAAUCGACGAGGUGAUAGUGCCAUUGCCAUCAUGGGAUAUGGACAGCAACAGGCCCAUCGCCAAGUCUGCGAAGCAGCAAGAAAAGUACUUAACAGAGAUUGAUAUCAUCACCAAGUACUCGCCCUUCAAGUCUGAGAAGGAAAUCCAUGAGCAGUUUGACAAAAUAGAUGGAGAAUCAGGUACCCUGGUUAUCAUCUACCACAUGAUGUUGCUUGACAAUGGGGAGCCUGAGCUGGAUGUGACGACCAACUCUGUUGAUAUCCUGAUGGCCAACGUGGACAAGGAUGAUGACAGUGUUCCUCCUGAAAAGCGGUCCUUCCGAGCGUACACGGCUGUGCUGUAUAUCGAACCGCGGAUGAAGAUCUACAUCAACGGGAGCAAAGUGUGUACCAGGAGGCUGGCCAGCUGCUUGUACAAGCCGAAGAUGUACAAGUACAGCUCCAACAGAUUUAAGACUAGAUCUGAGAAGGAGGCAGCGAAGGCCUAUCAUGAAGCACAGAUGGCUGAAGAGAAAGCUAGGGAUGCAGAGAGCAAGGCCAGAGACCUGCAGAACAAAGUAGGACCCGUGGCCCCAAAAGAUCAAAGAGUUGCUCUGAGGCAAGCCCAAGCACAGGCAGAAAUGCUGCGGAACGAUGCGGACAUAAAGAAAGAGGUUGCAGAGACAAAGAAAAGGUCCUUGAAGGAGCCCAAAGUGCUGAAUUUUGUCUUCGGGAUGAACAUCGAGAAGAGGAAGUUGGACGGCAUGUUCAUCUACAACUGCAGUCGCCUGAUCCGCAUGUACGAGUGCGUGGGCCCCCAGACGGAGGGGGGAGUGAACUGCAGCGGUGUGCUGGGGUUCGUGGACGUUCCCUACCUCGUGCUGGAGCCCACCCACAACAAGCAGAACUUUGCUGAUGCCAAGGAGUACAGGCACUUACUACGAGCCAUGGGAGAUUACCUAGUCCAGUACUGGAAGGACGUAGGAAUAGCUCAACAAGGGGUAACCAAAUUCUGGGAGAAUUUUGGAUACUUGAGUCCCAACUGGAAGGAUGACCCAUCGGAGGACCCCAAGUUCAAGAGAAAGAGGGCAAUGCAGCUCCCACUCACUAUCCAGUGUGACCAGUGUUUGAAGUGGAGAACCUUGCCUUUCUCGGCAAGCAAUAUCAACAAGGAGUUUCCAGAAACCUGGAACUGCAACAUGAAUCCAGAUACCCAACGGAACAGAUGUUCGGCUGCGGAGGUGAAACAAAACAUUCCACAGGGCUUCCUGAAGAAGGAGAGUAGAACAGCAGAAGAGAAGAGUCAGAAGCUCUUAGAUGACAUUUCCAGGAAGACUAAAGAGUUAGAAAAGCUGCAGAAUGUGAAAACAGUGACAUCAAGGCAGCAGGCUAACGUCCUGGUCAGAUCCACCAGACCUGAAGCUGCCAGAUCAUCUCCAUCCCCCACCACAUCCAUAUCAGCGAGAAAGAGUGUUUCGAAGCCAACACCAAGACUUGAUCUUCCUCCCCCGGUGAGGCAGGCUGCCAUGAGACGCACCUCUCAGGAUACCUCUGCCCAGCAAAGAAGGGCCUCAACAGAGGAACGGGCUCCUCCCCAGAGGACUAAGUCCACCCCUAGCAGUCAUAGACGAGACAGUAUCGAGGCCUCACCCCAGAGACAAGCAACAAAAACAUCACCUGUCAAGAGACAAUCUUCUGCACCUACAUCUACCUCCACUCGGGCAGAUUCCGCCAGAAAAGAGACCAAAGCAACGCCGCCACCACCAAAAGCUAAACCGCCGCCGCCGCCUAAAGCUGUCCCAGAGCCAAAAGCGUACCCUGCAAAGGUAGUGGUCGAGAAAGCAUUGUCUUCUAACCAGUCAACCGUCCCUAAAUCUUCAGAAAUGAAAAAGCCAACAGCAAGUAUAAGUAAGACCAUGACGCCAGCUCAGGCUGCAGCAAAACUACAAGCUAUAACCCCCUCCUCUAUCAAAGUCUCUCCUUCACAACAACCUGACAAAGACACGGCAGGUGCCCCUGGUGCUAAGGUGCUUGAACCGCCGACCUCGGUGCCAACAGUAUCCUCCAAUGCCAUUGCAGCAGUAAGGGAACAAAAGGGGCUCAAUCAAAGUACGCCAAUUACGUCACCGGCAAAGGUUGACCACCCUGAUGUGGUCAGUAAGCAGCCAUGUCCACUUGAGAAACCGCCAACCAGGGCACCAACCAAACCUCCAACCAAAAGAACCAGCAGUGCUGCAAGUGCAGAGGAAAGUGAGAGUGAAGAAGAGGUGCCACAAAAGAAGAGGAGGGCAAGCACCACUGCUGCUUCACCAAAGGUAUCGGUGAGUGAUAAGGAAGAGGAGGAGGAGGAAAUGGAGGUCACUCAGAAUGGGGUACCUGAAAAUGGGACACCUGAGAAUGGGGUGGAUGCAGACUCAGAAGACAUUGGGAAGAAGGUUGAAGCCAAGAUUGAUGGAACAUGGUACAGUGGGGAAGUUGUUGCAACUAACUCGAAAGGUGCUGGGCCAGUUCGAUGGAAGGUCAAGUUCGACAAGUAUCCAAGGGACAAGUACGACAAAUGGUAUGGCAUGGGCAGUGCUGAUCUGAGAAUCCCACCAGUAACUCCCGCUAGUGGCGGCAGGAUUACAGAGACUGCGCUCGCUCCUGUCUCUCCUGGCCGCCCGCCGCAAGUCGUGUCGCCCGCCCCGUCCGCUUCCUCCGUACGCUCUGAGGAGUCUGUCCCCGAGGCAUCCAGCACCACCAAGCCUGACGCAGUCAGCAGCUACGCCCAGACUCAACAGAACUAUGAAGCCAUAUCUGCUGGAUAUAGAACAUGCUUGCGGUAUUUUCUGCCUCCCUCCUGGAUUAUGGACAAAGAGAGGAUCAGUCAGAUGAGUAUAGAGGACUUGGGCAACUUUCCACUGGAUGACUUCUUUGACCACUAUGAAAGAGGCCUCAGAAAGCUGGUAAGCAACUUCCAAACCCAGGCAAAUGAAAACCAGAGGGAGGCAGACAACGCAAAAGCCAAACUGUCCAAUGUCAGGAAGCUGAUUUCUAAGCUGCUCAAGUCCAUCAAUGAGGACAUUGACAUUGAUCCAGAAGCUGAUGGAGACGAGGUUGACAUGUUACUGGAAGAAUGUGUCAGGCAGGCCACACAGGAAUAAAUCCUACAAGCUGCCAGGCACAUGUUCACUGUAACAUGAUACUGUGGCUGAGCAACAUUCCUCUGUGUGGUUAUGAGGAAACAUCCUCAGGCACAACAGGGUUCCAGUUGGAAACAUCUAUCCUUCAGGUCGUUCCAGUUUGGAAUUAUUGCAUUUUUAAGACAUCUUUUCGUCCUUGCAAGAGUCUACACAUUCCAUCCGGAUGGAUCUCGACAUAACCAGCAUUGGUUGAAAAUGCACAAGCUUUAUUGCGGCGUUGAUGUUAAUGAUUAUCAAUCAAUGUAUUGUCCAUUACAUGUUUGUGGGACUGGGGAGACCAUGUGCCAAGUGGAUGUGUUGUCUACUUCACGCUUGUCUAUGUUUGCAAGUGGUACUUUUGGCAUCAAAGCAGCACUAAAUCGUCUUGAUUGUAUUUCAGCUGUACUUAACACGCAUUUGUACCAGACUGCUUUCUGGCUGUUUCUCACACAGCAGUCUGUCAAUUGUUCAAAUCACCCCGGGGAUUCAAAGACUUUCUGGACCUAUUGAAGCCAUUGUGGUUUGAGACCAUUUAUACAAACAGAAACAUUUUUACAUACAAUGUAAAUGUCAGCUGCUCUGUAGUACAAUUAAUGUGUAAUUCUGAUAAACGUAGCAUGUAAUAUACAUGGCGUUAGUUGCAAAUGGUUAGGGAGGAGGGGGGGAACGAUCACAUCACCUUUUGAACGUUAGCAUUCUGUUCUUGCUCUAACAAAUUACUUAACCAUGCUCUACUUGGAAGUAUCGUGUUUGUGGUAAACCACACCAUAACGAAGGGAACCAUAAGAGUUAUCAAGCCGCUUGUAACAUGAUAUGUACACAAGAGGUUUAAGAUUUACUACUUGAUGUGUUUUUAACUGUACAAAGAGUAAUGUCCAUGUGGAGAAAUAUUGUCUAUGUUCAUAAGGAUUUUGUUAUGACGACCCGUCAAAGCCUCUAAGAGGCCGAAGUCGUGGUUUCAUCAGGCUUCCGUUUGUCCCUAGAAAGGCUGCUGCAGCACAUACACUUCAUAAAGCUCUUCCAAGAAAACGUCGAUACGUUCGAGAUUCUUGAUGGAGGACAUUCAAUCCCAUAAUAAUAAGUUCAUGAUUUGUGCCAUAUGUUACAGCAGAGGUGCAUCAGUAGUGCACGCACAUCUUGAGUUUUAGAAUACAGGAAAAUUGAGGGUAAUGAAAGGCAUCCCCAUGCAGAAAGAUUUUUGGUGCUCUGUAAACGUUUCUACUCACCGGCAUGCGGUGUUCCGUCAGUAGCAUUUGGUCAUAUUCGAUGAAAGGACCGCCAAUUUUAUUUCCUAUGUGCAUGCCGAUAUCACAAAUGUUUGAAUCCUGUUUCAGAACUGUAGUCAGCCGUCAAGGGACGGACAAGGAAGGAUAUUGUAGUGUUAGAAGUCGAGAAAGUAGCUGCAACGGACAUGUGAUACAAGUUUUAUGGUUUGAAAAUGAGAAGACCAUAACAGGAAUUACACUAAACAUAUUGGGAGGUGCACCAACAUCCUUUCUAGUUCAUCCCUAAGGGAUAGACAUCAGUCAAAUCAAGUUAUGAUAGUUAUGUUUUUAUCAGUGUCUGACGUAGUGUGAAGUAUAGUAAUUGUAUUUAUUUUCGUAAUUUUGUACCUGCCUGUAAUUUGCGUGAUUAUAUCAUGGAAGGGAGCGCAAUCGGUGACCCGUCAUUUGUUGUUGUUCAUUACGUAAUGACGUGUCAUCGCCCUAUAAAAAUUGUUUUUU